GUCUACCUCUGACCUAUCAGUCUUUGCAACACAUAGGUUGAUGGCUGCAGUAGCAGUAAUCUUUCUUUCGUCAUUUCUGAAAAAUAGGAGUAGUAACGGAGCAAGUGAACAGUUCUGUUUUAGAAAAUUGCGUCUUGUGACUGGACUUUUUCUUCAAAGUUUAUACACCAAUCUCCUGUGAGUUUAGUUGGUGAGAAUCAGUUCUGGAGAGAUUGAUCAAUUUGUGGUGGCCGACCAGUUCACAUUUUCGGACCUGCGAAGCCGAGGACCAUCUGCUGAGCUGCAGUAACGACGCCAUGUAAAGUCUGUGACCAUUGGCUUCAUUAGAAGAACAUUGUCGACUUGGCUCUCCUUGUUACCCUUUCUAUAUUAAUAUCACAGCCUCAGAUUUGGCCUCGCAUGCCUCUCUUUUCUGAGUUUUCUAAGAGAUAGCUUUUUUAUUCUCAGGGGAAGACAGUAUGGGAGGAGGUUCCUCCAAAUCUGAACACAGCCAUGGCCAAAAAGACACCCUCCCCACAGAGGAGGAGGCCACAGAGGUUAUUUCUGCACCCUGCCCUACUGCCAGCCCCAACAAAGAGAUUUAUUUGAUUUUGGCCUUUUUUGCUGGGGUUCUACUAACACUGAUGCUAAUGGCCUUUAUCUUCCUCAUCAUAAAGAGCUACAGAAAACGUCGCUCCAGUCCCCGGGGUCUGGAUCCUCACUCAGAUCCUCCAACUAAGCUGUCAGCCAUCCCAGAGGAGUCACUUACCUAUGCCAGCAUGUCUUUCAAAACUUCAGAAGCAAAGAGCAAUCACUUGACUGAAAACUGUUGUACAGAUGUGGACCCCGUUGUCUAUGCUCCAAUUAAAGUGGCAAACUAGCCCUGCCUUUCCAGUGAGGCAGGCAUCCAGUUCCUCUCAUUUCAGUGCCAUCACUGUAUGUUGCUUUCCCUUAUUAAAAAUUUUAGACCACAACCUGAGUGGAACUGCAGUCAAAGUUGUUUGGGUAUGAUCUGGUGAUAUUACUCAGCAAUUUGGAAGACCAGUGUUCAGUCUUUUUCUAGGCCAGAGAAAAGAUUACUGACUUUCCCACUUGGACCUACAGCCUGUUGAAUCUUUUGAGGGCCGAGACUACCUCCCUCAUAUCCUUCCAAGUGUAUAGCACAGAGCUCAGUGUACAGAGUAUUCACUAGGCAUUAUGAUCAACUUUGAGGAGCCAGCAAAGUGAGCUGUCUAUCAAGGAUCUCAAAUAACAAGUUCAAGGAUCUCAAUGAACCUUCUGCAAUGUUGGCUCCUUCUUCUUCAUUCGUUUGUCUGUCUCCAUGACCUUCUCCAGAGGUCAUAAAAGACUGAUAGACAGGUGAUGGUACCCUGGAACAAGCUCAGCAUUGAUUGGGAUACAGGUUUCAAACUCAGGCACUAACCAGAUGCAUUAAUGUGGGCAAGUUUGUUAACCUUUUUAAGCCUCAUUACUUUCAUCUUGAAAACAGGGCUAAUAACACCUUUCUCUUAGAAUUAGUGUGGGGGUUAAAUGAGAUAUCAUAUGCAUAAGCACUGUAUACAUCCCAGAGCUCUAUAUAAACAUGAGGUUCCUAUUCCUGGGUGGUAUGAAUGGUUAACAUGCUUGACUACUAACCAAAAGUUUAGAGGGUUGAAUCCACCACCCACAGGUGUCUCAGAGAAAAAGUCUGGCUAUCUAGCUCCAAAAAAAUCAGCCACUGAAGCCCUAUGUAGUACAGCUCUACUCAUUGAGGAAUACAAUCCUAAUGACACACACGUGGUCAGCCAUAAGUGUUGACGCAACAGCAACUGGUUGGUGUUGUGUAAAACCAAAACCAAACCAAACCCAGUGCCAUCAAGUCAAUUAUGACUCAUAGCAACCCUAUAGGACAGAGUAGAACUGCCCCAUACAGUUUCCAAGGAGCACCUGGCAGAUUCGAACUGCCGACCCUUUGGUUAGCAGCCAUAGCACUUAACCACUACGUCACCAGGGUUUCUGUAUUUGUAGAUUUCUACCUCCUUGCUAUAGCAUAAGUUAUAUGCAUAACAACAUUAUGUGGGAACUAAAGAUUAAUUUAAACAUUAAUCCCCAAAAAUCCCAAUAGACAAUCCCAAUGAGAUUAUUUUUAACUAGAUAAGCUUACUCUGAAAUUCUUAUGUAAACAAUAAGAAAGAAAAUCCAGGAAAACUCUUUAAAAAAAAAAAAAAGUCAUGUGGGAUGGCUAGC